AUGGCGAAAUCCGGCUCCUCUUCUUCCAUCUCUGAGCAGCAGCUGCAGAGGCAGGGGGGACUGAGCAACACCACAGCAGGCUUGGCUGAGCAAAGUCUUAUUUCAUCCGAGAAAUGGCUUCAACUGCACGGCCUGAAGAGCAACAAAUUGACCUUGAAGCAGAUUUUGUCACAGAUCGGAUUCCCACAUUGUGAAGAUUAUGUGACUUCUCUGGGGAGACUCGUGGCUUCUCGGUACGCUGAUGGCCUGUUUCCACAGUUCUACAGGGCAGAAGACGGCAGAGUCUACAACCUGACCGCUAAAUCAGACUUGAUCUAUCAGUUGGUGGAAUAUUUAACACAAGCUGUGGAGCGCUACAAGCAACGGAUGAAGUGGCUCACCAGCGGAAGCCGGCAGAUUUUUGGCGUCAUCUUAGAGCAGUGCGUCACCUUAGUGCUGGAUUGUGGUGGCCUUCUGGAAGGCGAGCUCACUCUGUGCCGAGAAGCUCUCACAAUGGUCCUGCAGGAGCAGGUGGCUCACAUAACCAAGUUCAAUAUCAUAGGGGUUUCUCAAGAGCCUGUGAAAUGGCAGGAAACUGCCACUCCUGUGACUGAAGAAGCCAUAGCUGCUGCCAUCAGCUGGGUUAAGAAACUGACUUUUGAGCAGACUGAGAGUGAGGUUAGCCGCCUGGAUGCUCUGCUGGAAGCUGGGGCAGACAGAACUAUCGAAUCCAUUUACUACUUUGUGGUGGGGGAUGUUCCUGAGAAACCCAAGGAGCUUCUCCUGCAGAGAGCUUUGGAGAUUCCAUGUCCAGUCUACACAGUGUCCUUCAAUGCCAGAGGAGAAGGCACUAUGGCUUUCCUAAAGGAUCUGAGUGCCAAGACCCACAGCAGAUUCCACGCGUUUGCCGAGAGGUCAGAGUGUGUAGACUUCCCUGCGUCCCCCACAGAGGAUGGUGACAGUGUGAUUACUUGGAAUUCCAGGAAACUGAAAGGAAAACUCCCUCCAGGAGCCGGAGUCAGAGAGGACGUGUUUCUCAUUUGGAGGGAGAUGGAGGAAGCCUGCAGCACGCUGGCCCAGAUCCAGAGGCUGGUGGCCGAGUCUCCCAAGUCCAACAUGACCACGUUAGACUGCGAGUCUGGAGCAACAUCCGCUGGGAAUGCAUCAAAUCCAGAGGACACAUGGGACUCCAAGAAGUGGCUACAGAAAUAUGGCUUGAAAUCUCAGAAGCUGUCAUUUUAUGAUGUGCUUGCUAACUGCUCCUUUCGCCACGCUGAUGGAGUUGUUGACAUAAAAGCCAAACCAGAAAAUGAGUCUGUGCAGACCAGUGCGGAGACCAAGAAGAAGAUAGUCCAUGCAAAAUAUUGUAGCAGGUUUGUUCAUGCUCCCUGGAAGGAUGGAAGCUUGGUCCAUGUCAACAUUACGAAAGAGAAGUGCAAGUGGUACAGUGAGAGAAUUCAUACAGUCCUGGCUCACAUCCAAAGGAGGAUUAAAUGGCUACAGGAUGGGAGUCAACUCCUCUUUGGAAAAGCACAAAAUGAUUGCGUCUAUGUCCUCAUUGAUACAUCUCACUCGAUGAAGAGCAAGCUGGACUUGGUGAAGGACAAGAUCAUUCAGUUCAUACAGGAACAGCUGAAAUACAAAAGUAAAUUCAAUUUUGUGAAGUUUGAUGGUCAAGCAGUUGCUUGGCAGGAAAAACUUGCUGAAAUCAAUGAAGAAAAUUUGGAGCAGGCUCAGUCCUGGAUCAGAGAUAUUAAGGUUGGAAGUACCACAAACACCCUGGACGCUCUGCAGAUCGCCUAUGCUGAUAAAGAAACACAAGCAAUCUACCUUCUGACAGACGGUAGACCCGAUCAGCCACCUGAAAUGGUCAUGGAUCAAGUCAGAGUUUUUCAGAAAAUUCCUAUUUAUGCCAUCUCCUUCAAUUACCACGAUGAAAUAGCAAAUACAUUUUUGAAAGAGCUUGCUUCUUUGACUGGAGGAGAGUUUCAUUCCUAUAAUUUUGGUUGCAAGGAUCCCCUUCCUCCGGAAGCUGUUCAGAAUGAAGAUCUGACUCUUCUAGUUCAGGAAAUGGAGCAGGGAUACAGAGACCUGGAGAGAGUGCAGACCCUCUAUUCCGAGUCUUUGAUCAUGGACUGGUGGUACAACGGGGAAAAGGAAGGAGACAAGCAUCAGAAGGAAAUCUCUUCAAUAAUUUCAACCCCAGAAAAAUGUGCAAAACCUCAAUCUGAUGUCGAAUCAACACAAACCACUUCGUUAAAGAUGCUGAAAGUACCAUGGGACCUUUCAAAUCAAAAGAUGCAGAGAAAGAAAGUUCUCCAUGCAGAAUCAACCAAAACCAGCCUACUUAGAAGCCAGAUGUCAGCCCUCAGGACCUCAGCCAGCAGUGAAAAGGACAGCCCCUCCAACUCUAGCAGCUGCAACCCUGCUCCUAAGGACAAAGGCAAGCCAGAGAAAACUGCCCUACAGACAAAUGAGUGUCUGAGUGACAAAUCAUCAUCAAGAUUGAUUCAAGAAGGAAGCCAAGUUUAUGACGACAACUCUGCAGAUACAUCUUCAACAGACUGGCUACAGGUCCACGGCCUGGUGGCCAAGAAGCUUACCAUCAUGCAUGCCCUGUCAGCAACCACAGUCCCACACAGCCCCACCUAUGUCCCCAUCCUGGACAAGCAUGUUGUUUCCAAGGUCUUCGAUGAGGUGUUCCCUCUGGCACAUGUGUGCAACAACACAAAUAAGAUGACAUUAAUUAACCCCCAAGGAGUCAAGCUCAAUAUCUACAAGCAAAAAGUGGAACGGGCAAUUAAGUCUUAUGAAAAGCGCUUGAAUAAAAUUGUUUGGAGAGCAUUAUCUGAAGAGGAAAAAGAAAGGUUAGAUGCAGACAAACCAAUACGUUACUUGGAAAACAAGGCAGCUAUAAACCAAGCACUAGAACGGUUGAAUUGGCCCAUUUCAUUGAAAGAGCUGUCAAUGCUGGAAAAUGAAAUCCUAGCUGGGAAAAUGUACAUCCAGCAGGCCAUGGAAUUCCAGGAGGCCACCAAGAAGGAUUAUGUGAACAAGGCCCUGGGAGAGCCACAGAAAUCGCAAGGAAACUCAACAAAGAAAGUCAAAUCCAAAAAAGUGGAUCCUCUCAAAGGCCAGAAAGUUAUUGCAAGAUGUGAUGAAAAUGGCUUUUACUUUCCAGGGGUUGUGAAGAAGUGUUUGAACCCAACCCAUGCAUUGGUGGGCUUCAGGUAUGGAGACACCAAAGUUGUGCCCACCUCAUUCAUCACGCCUGUCGGGGGCGCCAUGCCCUGCCCUCUGCUCCAGGUCGGAGAUUAUGUGUUUGCCAAAAUUGUGAUACCCAAAGGAUUUGACUUCUACGUCCCUGCCAUUGUCAUAGCACUUCCAAAUCCAGAUGUGGCCUCAGAAAAGCUCUACACAGUUUUGAAGUGUAACAACCGGAGAGAAUUUUGCCCUCGGAGUGCACUUAUUAAGAUCAGCCAAAACAAGUAUGCUCUCUCUUGCUCUCAUAUAAAGUCGCCCCCAAUCCAGGAGGAUCCAAAUGUGGAGGAUGUAGAAGCAAGCAACUACAGUUUCCCACUCUGGCCACUGAAAGAAGUUGACACUGGAGCUUUGAAAGAGCCGAAACAGGAGAACUCUAGAAAGAAGAAGAAGAAACCCAUCAAGAGGCCGCCUCUCCAGGAGAUGGUACCUUCAGACUCGGACGACUCUUCCCGUGGCACCAGGUCCCAAGAGUCCCCCCGCCAAGACGUGCCCCAAGCCCAGGGUGUGGGGAGGGACGACACUGUGUAA